UGUAAUUAAAUCGCGGGAGUUAAAGCCAGACUAUAUGCUGGCCUAUCGAAAGAAUAAAUGACAAGGUCUAGUUCUAGUUAAUGCCACUCUCGUUGAUCGACAAGUUACACACAGACACAGACACGGACACAGACACAAGACCCAUUCACACGCUCGUUACACUCAACGCACACACGCACCCAGAGAAACCAUGGGCAGCACCGGCAACGAAAUUCCAACGCCCCCUCCAGAGGGUGGCUCCUACACGCGCAUCUCUCCAGCCCAAGCUGCAGCAGAUGCGAUUCCCAUCUUGGUGGAUGAUACAUAUCACCUCUUCCACCUGACAACCCCUCCCUUCACAAGACACCACCCCCAACGACUGCGAUCAUGCUGGUGGCGCAUGCGAUCCAAGAAUCUCGUGGACUGGACACGAGAUGAUGAGCCGAGCGUCAAGCCCGGAGAAUCCGCGACAUCUCCCGACGCCGACGGGGCAUGGACGGGGGCCGCAGUGCUGGGCCCGGAUGGGAAUAUGAACAUAUUCUACACCGGGUACAGCCUCUCGCAGGGUGGCAAACAGGUCAUCCUGCGAGCAAGAUCGCAGGACCGGCACGGCGGCAAAUUCCAGCAGCCGGGCAGUGAGAUCAGCUUCAGCGGCGACGGCAGGUCGAAGCUGGAGGACAUUGACUUCCGCGACCCGUAUGUCUUCUACAACGAGGCCGAGUCGCAGUACUGGAUGAUCAUCGCCUCGCGGCUGGCCAGCGGGCCGUUCUGGAGCCGUGGCUGCGUGGCCCUCCUCAAGUCGACCGACCUGGACACGUGGACCUUUGAGCCCGAGCCGCUGUACUCGCCCAACGACAUGUUCUGCCCCGAAUGCCCCGAGCUGUUCACGCUGCCCAACGGCAAGUGGUACCUCGUGUACUCGCGCUUCCAUGCCCCGGAUUCAGGGACCGUCUACCGCGUUGCUGACUCGCCAUACGGACCCUUCCGGGUCCCGCGCGACGGCUCGAACGGCCGGCUGGAUGGGCGGAGGUGGUACGCCGCCAAGUCGUGCCCCAAGGCGGGCGACCCGAGCAGGCGGAUAUUCUUCGGCUGGAUAGGCGACUAUGUCGAGGACGAGGGCAAGUGGCUUUGGGGCGGCGACUUUGGCGUUCCCCGCGAGGUGUCUGCUGAUGAAAAGGGCAAUCUCCGAAUCACGACCGUGUCUGAGGUCGAGCAGCUCUUCGACGAAACCUCGGCCGCGGUCCCGCCCAAGAGCGUGCCGUCAAAGCUCUCGCUGGCCUCACUGGGAUCAACCAUGGUCACUUUCCCUGACCUCAGCGUCGCAGAAGGACGAGACAUCCUCCUCAGAUUCGACAUCCGGAGCUGUGAUGCUCACUCCUUCGGUCUCGUCCUGCACGCCGACAGCACCCAGAAGGGCCACCGUCUGCGGUUCACCCCCAGCAGCGGGGACAUAUACACCAUCACCCUGCUCACCGACUUCCCCCCGCUGGACGACUUCUGGGCGGACCAGUACAAGCUGCAUCUGCCUCGACCGGUGGACGGUCCCGAGCUCGUCCGCCACGACGGCGUCAGUCUGGCGGGCGGCGUCACCGUCUUCCUCAAAGGGACAUUAUUGGAGGUGUUCUGCGGCGGGCGAUCGAUCAGCUUCCGCUUCCCUGUUUCGGUUCCCGCAACUCCGGAACUUGCAGCUGCUGACAAUGGUCGACUUGGAUGGUUUGUCGAGGACGGUGAGGUAGAGCUGAGCGACGUUUCGAUUAGGCACGGAGGCCUCAUAAGCAAGACCUGCAUGUAGAGUAGUAGUAGGUUUAGGAAUCAGUAGUACCAAUGGAUCGACUCCUGGUAAUUAGACAAUGUUAAUUAUUAGACCAGA